AUGACUGCGCUGGACUGGACCUUGGUCGUUCUGCUCAACGGAUCGAUCAUCGUCUACGCGCUCUUCAGGGCCAAAGAGACCCAUACCAGCAGCGACUGGUUCCUCGCCGGGCGAACGCUACCCUGGUGGAUUAUUGGGCUCUCGCUCUACGCCACCGCGAUUGAUUCCACCGACAUGGUCGUCGAUUCCGGCGGCGCUUACCAGUUCGGCGUGAGCAUGUUCAUCGUCAGUUGGGUCGGCAUUGUCAUUGGCUGGCUGCUCAUGGCCUACGUCAUUGGGCUGCCCAUGUAUCGCGCGGGCAUGUACACCAAUGCCGAAUAUCUCGAAGCCCGUUUUGGUCCGGCCGCCCGCAUCAUCAGUGUCCUGGUGCAGGUUCAGUUCCGCACCAUGGUCCUGGGCAUGAUCGGGCAGUCGUUCUACCUCACCCUCGUCAUCGUAUUGGGGAUGAGCGAUACGGCAGCUUGGAGCACGGUCGUUGCCAUCGCGCUGUUGGCCACCAUCUACACCAUGGCUGGGGGGCUAAAAGCCGUGGCCGUAACCGACGCCAUGCAGUCGGCCGUAAUGGUAGUGGCCAGCGUUGCAAUGUUCAUGAUCGUCUUCAACCAUGUCGGCGGUUGGACCGGCAUUCAGAACAAACUCACACAACAUGGCGACGCAGAAUCAAUCGCCGCAUUGUUGCACGUGGGAACCGAUCGCGUCGCCCAUACCCCGACCGCCGAAAUGACGGCCCUCGAGAUUGAGAAUCUCCUCCUGCUUGGUGGGGAACACAACGAAACCACCUCCGCAAUAUCCGUGCGCACACCCAUCUGGCUCGUGUGUCUGAGUUUGACCAUCACCGGUGUGGCGUACUCCGUGGUGAACCACACCCAGUCGAUGCGGAUGUUCGGGGCCCGGAGCGAAUGGGACUUCAAGCUCUCAGUUGUUCUCGCCUCCGCCGUACUGAUCGGCGGCACCUUCUUGAACCUGAUGCAGGGAAUCAUGGGCCGGGCGCUCUACCCCACGGCCGACCUGUUGCCCGUGGCCGCAUCGCUGCAAACCGUCGACGCGAUCUUUCCCGUACUACUGCGUGACCUUGUGGUACCGGGACUGAAGGGAAUCGUCGUCGCAGGCAUCAUGGCCGCCUCAUUUUCGACGUACGAUUCGAUCGGCUCCACGAUCUCGGCCCUGCUCACACGCGAUGUCUACGGCCGGCUCUUGGUCACCAACCGUGACGAUCAGCACUAUCUGUUCGUUGGGCGUUGGCUUACGCCGAUCAUCAUCUUUGGUUCGUUCCUGUAUCUGCCGUGGCUCGACGGGGGGAUGUUCAACUUCUACCUGCAAAUGGUCGGGGCGAUCGUCUCACCACUCUUGACCGUAUACCUCAUGGGCGCGACCACCCGCGUGCACCGGCGUUCGGGCGCCAUUGGGUUGGCCGUCGGUGUGGUCUACGGCAUUUGGUGGCUCGCCGCGCAGCGGGCAGCAGCCGACGGUAUUCAACUUCUACCCACGGCAUUGAUGAACCCCAUGGCGACCGCGCCGGUCAGCAUGUUGCUCACCGCGACCGCCAUGUUGAUCUUCUCGCUAGUGGCCGGAUGGACACCUCGUGGUGAACUCAUGCACGAAGAGCCCGAAGGCUGGUUGCGGACCACGCAACACGAGGUGGUCGUUCGUGGUGAAUCGUCCCUUUCGCGAACCUCGAACUUAGUUCCCAUGGUCCAGAAGGACGCCACCUCCUCGGCCCAAGACGACAUCGUCGUGCUCAUCCAUACCGACGAAGGAAUCACCGGCAUCGGCGAGACCGAUGUGAACCCCUGGAUCGCUCGAGCCUGCAUCGAAGCUCCAGGCACACACACCAUGGGGCAGGGGCUCAAAGAGAUGCUGCUGGGAGAAAACCCACUGGAUAUCGAGCGGUUGUGGGAGAAGCUCUACGUCGGCAGUGCCAUGAACGGUCGUCGCGGGGCACUCAUCUGCGCAAUGGGCGCUCUCGACAUGGCUUUGUGGGACAUCCGCGGCAAGGCCGAAGGCAAGCCAUGCUGGCAGUUAUUGGGCGACGCGGCCGGAGAUCACAUCACUCCCUACGCCUCCUUGCAGCCGUCGGGUACCAGUUUCGAGCAGUACAAACAGUCGCUGGUCGAUUGGGCCUGCCGCGCCAAGGAAUACGGCUUCAAGGCCGGCAAGAUGGAAGUCACUUUCGGCGGCCCUUACAAGCACAACGGCCUCAGCGCCCCGGAUGAGAAGGUGACCGAAGUGGUUGCCGCCUGUCGUGCGGCCGUCGGGCCCGAUUUCGACAUCAUGGUCGACGUGCAAUACACCUGGUCCGAUGCAGAACGGGCCCUGCGAACGCUUCGCGACUGGAAAGACCUGAACAUCUUCUUCGUUGAAACUCCCUUGGCGAUCGACAACCUUGAAGGUUACGCCCGGUUGCACGAAGAAGCCCCCAUGCCCAUUGCCGCAGGCGAGUGGCAGAACACCCGCUUCGAGUUCGCCGAAUUGAUGGAUGUAGGCAAAAUCGACAUCGCUCAGCCGGAUGUGGGCCGGGUGGGGGGGCUCACCGAAGCUCGACGCGUCUGUGAUAUGGCCGCCGAGCGAGGGCUGCGAAUCGUGCCGCAUUGCUGGAAAACUGGCAUCGGAAUCGCAGCCACCGCGCAUCUCGCCGCUGUAACACCGCAUUGCCCUUACAUCGAAUUCCAACCCGCUUCGCUAUGCGAGUCGGUAUUGCGUAAGGAGUUGGUGGUCGACGAGUUAGAGAUCCGCGAAGGUGUGGUGCCACUUCCGCAAAAACCGGGACUGGGGAUCGAACUGAACGACGAGGCCAUUCUCAAAUACAGCGUCGAUUGA